AUGGGUGUUGUACAAAAGCCUUCAGGAAACAUGAAGGGCGGAGUGUCUGGACAGCUCAAGACGCCGUUUGUUAUUACGAUUGUAGUUUUGUUUAUAGUAUGGUCGCUUUUGUCAUUGGAUAUGCCCUCAUUGAGGUCAACAGUUGAUACAAAUACAAGUUUGGAAUCAAGUCCACAACCCACAAAUGGAGCAGGACUCGAGACAUCGAUAUCAAAUCCCACGGAAUCACCAACUGAAGGUUCAGCAGCAGACGUUAUAAUAGCACCAACUGAACCCGCAGCCGAAGAAAGCAAACCAGUUUCCGAGCGUCCCCUAAUCCUCUACGCCUACGCCGAUUCAGAAGAAGGCACUUCCUUAGUCAACCUCAAGUUCUUCAUUGAACACGGCCUCCACGAUGCCGCCGACUUUAUCUUCAUCCUCAACGGCGAGACUACUGCCGGCUCUUUGAUUCCACAAGAAGACAACAUCCGAGUCGUCCAACGACCCAACGAUUGCUACGACUUAGGCGCUUACGCCGAAGUUCUGACCACAAACGACCUAUACAAAGGCUACAAGCGCUUCAUAAUGAUGAACGCCAGCCUCCGCGGCCCCUUCAUGCCCUACUGGUCCAACGCUUGCUGGAGCGACAUGUACCUGUCGAAAAUAACCGACGAAGUCAAGCUCGUAGGAAUGACCGCCAACUGCUGGCCAACCUUCCACAUCCAAUCCAUGAUCUGGGCCACCGAUCUCACCGGCCUCGAAACGCUCCUCUUCCCGCCCCAAUCAGCACUAGACUACAUCUCCACGCACCCGAUCCUGCUCCCACCCCCCAAAAACAAAGAAGCAGCCGCCAAAACGCCGUCCCCGGAAACAUCCCGCGUGCAUCAAGCACCCGGCAUCAACGCGUGCUUCCACACCUGGGACUCUGCCGUCGCGGCAGAAAUCUCCUCGACGUCGCUGAUCAGGGCCGAGGGGUACAAGGUCGAUGCUAUGAUGGCCGCGUACCAUGGGAUGCGGAGCUACGAGGAGGGAGUGAGCUGUGCGGAGAAUCGCGAUGUGUUGUUUGAUGGGGAGUAUUUUGGGACGAAUGUGCAUCCGUUUGAGACGGGGUUUUUGAAGAGUAAUCGGGAUGUGGAUCCGUUGGGGUUGGAGAGGCAGAGUCAGUGGAUGAGGGGGAGGGGGUAUCGGAGUUAUGAUUAUUGUCGUGCUCCUUGA